CUAUCAUAGCAUCGCAGUAGUAGGUAGUAAGUUGGUAGCACAGCAAGACGAACGAACGAGCUCCCGGUCGAGAUCGAGCAGCAGUACAUACGUACACACCAUCGUCGCAGUGCUUUUCAUAACUUAAUUCUUACUCCGAUUCCGCCAAUGGCAACAGCCAACAAAGCGUCGAUUCUCCUCCUCGCCGUUGCGGUGGCCACCGCGGCGUGCUCGACGACCGCCUCCGCGCAGACCAGCAGGCUCGGCAAGCUCGUCGUCACCGGCGUCGUGCCGUGCAACACCGGCACGCUGAUCGACGCCGCCACUUCUCCGGCAUUCCCAGACGCCAACGUGGAGCUGCGGUGCGGCGGCAACGUGGUGGCGGGCGGGACGACGAGCCGCAACGGGUCGUUCGCGAUCGAGGCGGACCUGACCAACGCGCUGGCGGCGCUCGUGGGCACCUGCCAGCUGGUGGUGGAUACGCCGCUGGCCAAGUGCAACGCCAGCCUGCCGGCGGCGGGGGCACUCGCCUCCUACCUGCAGGGCUCGCUCGCCGGGAUGCUCGGCGGCGUCUUCCGCCUCGCCCCGGCCGGUUUCUCCUUCCGCAUGAACUGACGACGACGACCGUGCAUAAUUCACUGGGUUGCAAUAUAUGCAUCAGUCAGUAUUAUAUCUAUCUAAAAGAACAAAACUAAAAACUUCCAUGUUUAUGCUGGCGACGGACCACAGUUACAAAAUACAGUACCGUACCUCAAAAUAAAUGAGCAUGGAUAAGUAUAUAGUAUGAUGGAAAUGGAACAAUAUAUAAGUCUGCUCUUCAUCAAGCGCCCGUAUUUUUAUUUUCUGAA